AUGGAGAUUCCCAUGUUUGUUGUGGAUGCCUUCACCAAUUUACCAUUUAAGGGGAAUCCAGCAGCUGUUUGCCUUUUGAAACACGAGCUGCCUGAUAAAGUGUACCAGGAGAUAGCUAUGGAAAUGAAUUUGUCAGAAACUGUUUUCAUCACUACAAUCAAGCCUUCUAAGGAUUUCACCAACGAUUCAAGGUUCCAAUUGCGUUGGUUCACGCCAACCACGGAGGUUAAUCUCUGUGGUCAUGCAACUCUGGCUUCUGCUGCUGUGCUCUUCAAACACAAGAAAAAUGUGAAUUCUGCUGUGGUGUUUGAGACUCGAAGUGGCGAUCUGACUGUUGUACCGCGAGGGGAGGUUUUGGUGAUGGAUUUUCCUCUCAACCCACCUACUAAGCAGACUCCGGAUGAUUUUGAAACCUUGAUCAAGGCUGCAGUUGGAAACCACCCAGUCCAGGAUGUUUAUUACAGCACCAGUACUAAAAAACUACUGCUCCGACUAUCUGACAGCUGUGACAGGUCAGUGCUCACCAGUUUGCAAGUCAACCCCGAAACCUUACUAAGCAGUGACCAAAGUGGACAAGUCAAAGGCUUAAUAGUCACCGUGAAAGGAUCUUCAGACCACCAGUCGGGAUAUGACUUCUUUUCCAGAUAUUUUGCCCCUUGGAACGGAAUUCCCGAAGAUCCCGUCACUGGUUCUGCACAUACCGUUCUGGGCAGCUACUGGUCUGAAAAACUGGGAAAGAGGAAAAUGCUAGCAUUCCAGUGUUCCAGGCGAGGUGGAGAGCUGGAGGUCGAAGUGAGAGAAGAUGGAAGAAUCAACAUUGCUGGAAAGAGUGUCACCGUUCUGCAGGGAACAAUUACACUGUAG